GGCUCUGGGUCGUUUCCAGUACAUUUUAGGUAGUGAUGGACUGUGAAACAUGAGGAGACUGUGUGGUAAUGUUAUGUGGAGACCACUAGAAAACCAUUUCAGAGUAGAAUUUUAGCAGUUUCCUUUACAUACCUUGUAUAUAUUUAAUAUCAGUUCAUGGUCAAUAGUAAUCGCAUUUACAUUUUUUCAGGGUUACACAGCAAUUAUUGAGUUGUUACCUGCUAUUUCAGUAUUACGCAUAGUUUAUGGGAUUAUAAUUCUUCAAGUAAGGGUAUUUACAUUACAGUGUACAACUAAAAAAAACACUCAGUUCUGUUAGGACAUAAUUGUUUGCUUUCCUGUCUGCCGCUUUGCAGUUUUUAUACCCAAGACAGCAGCCUAAGUUGAGAGAACAUUAUUGCUUUUGUUUGUUUUGGAUUUAGUCCGGUGUGUAUGAGACCCUCGGAUUUGUUGGGCUUUCAGUGGCCAUAGAUUAUGUGCGAGCUGAGCUGAUACGCCUGGAUGAGUCACUCAGGCUGCAAGUUUGCAGAAGAGUGCGAAAGGGGAGGGGGAGAUACAGGGGCCAGCUGGAAAACAGUCCUGCAGUGCCUCUCUGCCUCCUCAACACAUUGUUUCCGUGUAUAUAUGAUCAGUGUCAAUAUCUAGGACAGUAUUUAUUGCCUCUGGUGCGUGGUUUCUGUUUCUAUUUCCUGCAACUUGAAGCUCGUUGAUGUGGGGCUCAGACAGAUGUCUCAUCCACAGCAGUUUUUUUAGCUGGAGCUUAAUGUUCUCAGACUCAACUUUGUCCUCUGGGCAGCAGCAUGUCUGAAAACAAAUCCAGUCAGCGGUUCCACAGCCUGAAUGCUGAGCAGGUGGAAGUUCUCCAUCAGGUUCUGUCGGACGUAGUUCCGAUCCACGGCCGGGGGAACUUCCCCACACUGGAGCUUCGUCCUCAUGACAUCAUCAUAGCUGUACGGGCCAGACUGCAGAAGCAGGGAAUCACAGUAAGAGAUGUCCGUCUGAACGGCUCAACAGCCAGCCACGUCCUAGUCCGAGACAACGGAACCAGCUACAAGGACCUGGACAUCAUCUUUGGAGUGGAGUUGCCCAGUCAGGAGGAGUUCCAGGUGAUCAAAGAGUCAGUGCUGGGCUGCUUGCUGGACUGCCUACCAGCUGGGGUCAACAGAGAGAGAAUCAGCAGUGCCACAAUGAAGGAGGCCUACGUCCAGAAGAUGGUCAAGGUCUUCAAUGAACACGACCGCUGGAGCCUCAUCUCCCUCUCAAACAACAGCGGCAAAAAUCUGGAGCUCAAGUUUGUGAGCGCACUGAGGCGGCAGUUUGAGUUCAGCGUUGACUCCUUUCAGAUCAUUCUGGAUCGUCUGCUUGAGUCCUACAUGCAGCAGGAGUCACAGCACAAAAAGAAUACUGUUGAUCUCAAGGACCAGCCCGCAGGGAAUCAGAGUAAAGAUUCUCCCUCUCUGCUUAAACAGGCCACUGCUGCAGAAACAGAAAUGUCCACUGGUAGGGACUCAUCCAGUUUAGGGGCUGAGCUCAGCCAGGCAGAGCAGAGAGAAGGUGUGCAUAAAAAGGAACCCCAGACUGAACUCUCACAACAAACUCAACAUUCAAACCAGACAAAACACUCCACAGCAGAAUCAGACAACAAGGACAAAACACAGACAGAGAUUGAAGAACACAGAGAAAACUUCAAUGAGACGAACCUCUCUGACCAGACUUCUCUAAACCUGUUGUCAGGAGAGAAACAAACCUCAGAGAAAGCUGAACCGUCAACUCAGAUUGAACUCAAACAUGAGCCAGAGGUCUUGGACACGACCACAUGCUCAACAAAGGUAGAGCAGUCAGAGCAAAUCGAGCCCUGUGAUGGUAAAAAGCCAGCAAAUCAAACAAAACCCCUUGUUGAACAGAAAGAACCCAUUGAGCCGAUGGGACAGACUGAGUUGCCAAAAACCUCAAACCCAACCCAAACAGAGUCCCUAAACCUGGCAGAAGACUCCCAUAGUAAAGAGCACUCUGACAAAACAGACCUCUCUAAGUGUUUGAGUGAGGAUCAGAGGAUCAAUGAAAAAGAUAAAACACAACUAAUGUCCUCUCCAGACAGUGGCGCAUCUGCUCAUGCAAAGAUAGAGAACCAGUUGUCAGAUGAAAGCAAAGUAGAAACGGAGACAGGGGAGCAGAUACAAGCAGAGAGGAAGAUUGACACAGAAAUAAGUCAAAUGACAGAAGAGAGUUUAGCAUCAGAAGCAAAACACACAGAGGACACACAGGGUAUUGAUUCUUUCUGCUCCACCUCUUCCAUAUCUCUCACACUUCACAACACACAGCCUACUGGCACCCAGGAUAAACUGGAGGUUCACAGCACACUACAUACAGAUAACUCAGAAAAAUCGCCUCACAUACUUGAUGCCGUUAACCCUCCAGAUACUCAGGACAUUUUACCUGCACCACCCAGCCUUGUUUCUGACAAAAAGACCUCCAGUCCUCCUUCUUGUAAGGCCUCAGAUAGACUUUCCCAUAUGGUGGUGCUCAAACACUCCUCUCCUAAACCCCCUCGGAGGAUGUGUAGGAAGGUUACCCCCAAUCCUUACCCUAGUGCAGUGUCUGAAAGUGAUCCUGCCGCAGCUUCCUGUCUAGAUCCAAAUCCCUGUCUUAGCCCUGAACCUGAUAUAGCCUUUGACCCAAAGCCAAAUGUUAAGACCUGUCCCAUUAAACCUACCAGUUUAGACCCUACACCAACUAUCAUCUCGACUAAAACAAACCCUGGGCCUGAACCCAACCCCUCCACUAACCUUGCGUCAAACCUAGACCUUACCUCAGCUCCCGAUCCAGCCCCUGAUAUAAUGUCCACCACUGCUGUGGAUCCCACAUCUGCUUUACCUCAAGAGCCAUCAGCCUGUCAGUUAGUCACAGAGGUUUCAUGCGAGACAACUAUUCAGAGCCUGAAAGAGACACCACCUGUGGCUUUGGAUCAGCAAAGCCAGUCCUCCCCUAGAGAAACUGCCUCUCCACCCAAACAAUCAGAGCCUCCUGACUCUCUGGACACAUUAGUUUUACACUCUGAUACAUCCAGCUCAAACACCCAAGAACCCGCACAUACCUCAGAAACUGGGCUCAGUGAUGAAGAUGAUAACAGAGGAUUUCGGACCAAAAUGAUGGAUCAGUCAAACAGCAGCCCACAAGAGACCACACUCAGUUCACCUCCCUCUUCCGACUGUGUCACCCCUCCCAUUUCCUGUAUAACCCCUCCCGUACUUAGUCUCUCCCCUCCUUGCUUCACUCCCUCACCCCCCAGCCUCAGCCCUCCCCCAUGUCUGACCACUCCCUCUCACAGCCUCUCAUCUCCAAUGCUGAGCACUGUCAACCCAACUACCAGCUUUGGCUCUCCACCCUUGAGUUUCAGCCCUACCUCGUCCUGCCUCAGCUCACCCCCUUAUCUCACCCCUCCUAUGCUUAGCCUCAGCCCUCCUCCUCUGUGUCUUACCCCCCCUUCCCCCAGCCUCAGCCCUCCCCUCCUCUGCCUCACUCCACCAGUGGAGUCAGAGGAUCUCGUACCUCAGGUAUCUUCAGACAUAGAGCCUUUGAUACUUAACACAGACGGCGAGGAACACAUUAAAGAGCCCUCCCCUCAGCAAGGAGUUCCUCUCCUACAGUUGGAGGAUAAAAAGGAACAAGAUUAUAUCUCAUCGUUGCCUCGGGUUGCAGAGCCUGUCUCUUUUCCAAUCACAAUCCCGAGCUCCACCUCACAUGUGCUGCCUCACCAUCAGUCUGACGGCCCAGGGGAAUCUGCCCCUCCAAAAGCCGAUGAGGCAUCCAGCUCCAUGUCUGAGAACAAAGAGGCCCACACAGUAACUGCAGACAUGCCUGAACAGAGCAACGCUCCUCGGGCAUCUGGCUCUGUCCCUGCCGUUGAGGUCCUGGCAGAGAGCAUGUACGGCGACUUUGAGGCAGCAAUGGACCACCUGCGCUAUCGCCUAAUUGCUACAAGGAACCCUGAAGAGAUUCGAGGUGGCGGCUUGUUGAAAUACAGCAACCUGUUGGUCAGGGACUAUCGACCAGCCAGUGAGACUCAGAUAAAGACACUGGAGCGCUAUAUGUGCUCACGCUUUUUCAUAGAUUUCCCUGAUGUGCAGGAGCAACAGAGGAAGAUCCUGUCCUACUUGAAGAACCACUUCAUCGGUGAGGAGAGAAGCAAGUACCAGUACCUGAUGACGCUGCGUCGUGUGGUAGACGACAGCACAGUGUGUCUGAUGGGACAUGAGAGGCGUCAGACACUUAACAUGAUCACAGUGCUGGCGCUGAAGGUUCUAGGAGAGCAGAACAUUAUCCCCAACACAGACCAUGUGACAUGCUUCUACCAGCCUGCCCCGUACCUUGCCGAGCACAGCGCCCCCUAUAUAACAGAGCCCAGCUACUGCAGCUACUACAUACCCCAAGGGGGAUCAACUCUCCUUUACCAACCGUACCCCUUACACCUGCACACACAGACUGGACUAGUCUAAAACACACAUACUUAAUUACACAAAACACACAAUAGAGCAAGAGGUGCUUGCCAUGAUGAAAGAGCUGGAGAAUGGAAAUAUAAUCCAGGGAUAAACUGUUUGGUCUAUAAUAGACCUGUGGGGGUGGGAUUGAGUGGGUUUUUUACAGUAAACUCCCCGAGUACUCUGUAAGGUUCUAACAUGAUUAUAUGUAAUUAUCUGGGCUUUGUGGGAAAAUAAUAAUUCUUCCGAUAUUGUUAAAAUUCCAGAAAAUGCUGUAUGCACUGCAUGAGUCAUAGCCCUUUGGUCUCCCCGGGAAACCAACUGUGCUGUUGACAUUCACACACAUGCAUAGACACACACACACACACACACACACACACACACACACGCACACAGAAACAGUCACUUCCAGGUUCUUGAAUUAUUGUACACUCUUUUCAUGUUCUUACUGUGUUGUUCUUAAUGGGUUUGUUCAGAAUGUGGACCUUGCCUGUGGUUGAUAUUGUGCAUGGAUAAAUUAGGACUGUUCUCUCACUGCCAAAUACUGUGUGGCUACUAUGCUUCUUAAACAGUUAAAUGUAACUUUGUUAUUCCUUUACUGAAGGGGUGUAUUCUAAAAAAAAAUACAGAGGGAUAAGUCUACCAGUGUGUAUAGUACUUUUGUCAAAAUACACACAUGUAUGCACACACACACACUCUGACACACACACACACACACACACACACACACACACACACACAGUACAUAGACACAAACAUACGUACAGUCUACUGUAUGCACACAAAGUUAGACAACGCAUGAGUAGCUACAUAUAUAAAUCACAUCCUGAAGUCAAAGCAAAGGCUUUUAAUUUAAUAAAAAAUUGAUCUAUUUUUGCAAGACUUUCCAAGAUAAUACUCGGUGGUAAAAAGACUGGUAGUUCUUAAGAAAAUACCAACAACAAUGCCUUUGCAAUAGACUGUACAGCAUAUUGAUUACAGAAUAUUGUGUGUGAAUACACUGCAUUGUUUUCAGGUAAACUGUGUUAAGAUGUAGUGCUUGAUUCCUUUCCCUUGUGGAGUCCUUUCUAUAAUCAUGUGAAGAACUGUACCAUCUAGUGUUCUGAUUUAUUUAAUGCUAAAGUUUACUCUAUGGAGGUGGUCAGGCUAUAACCAUCUUUGGGUCAUCUCUAAACCUGGCAGAUAAAGAGCAAUCUGCCUCAACCGAAAGGAUUUCCGUUUAAACUUGUACGACUCCUGUUUGCAUGAAUCAGCAUCCAGAAUCAACAUGGAACAAGUUCAAAUCCACUUCAAACUUGUUUGAAUCUAAGUUUAAAGCCGUGCAACAGCAACUAUGACCAAAGAUGGUUUGGUAGGGAAAUCAAGUGCCUAAAUGUGAGACAUCAUUGGCAUGUCUUUAUCUCACUGCACUGGGGGUGU